AUGGAGGUUUUUCACUUUAAAUUUGCCUCUGUCUUCCCCCAGGAAUGUCCCAGUGGGAUUGUUAAUGAAGACACCUUUAAAGAAAUCUACGCGCAAUUCUUCCCACAGGGAGAUGUUUCAAAUUAUGCACACUUUCUAUUUAACGCUUUCGACACAGACCACAAUGGAUCUGUGAGUUUCGAGGACUUUGUAAUGGGACUCUCUACACUGCUACGAGGAACAAUACAAGAAAAGCUUAACUGGGCUUUUAAUUUAUAUGACAUCAAUAAAGAUGGCUAUAUAACUAAAGAGGAAAUGCUUGACAUCAUGAAGGCAAUUUAUGACAUGAUGGGCAAAUGUACUUAUCCCAUUGUUAGGGAAGAUACACCAAAACAACAUGUGGAGAAUUUCUUUCAGAAAAUGGAUAUAAAUAAAGAUGGAGUAGUUACUAUAGAUGAAUUCAUAGAAAGCUGUCAAAAAGUAAGUAUCCUAAAUAAAACUAUUGCCACAGCAGGACCAACCAUAAAAACUACUGUCACAGGAGUCUGUGAAUUAGAUACUGAAGACUGGUUCUCAGCACAUGAUCACUGUCGGUAG